UCAAGUAGUGAAGGGAGUUAUUCAUUGAAAUGGUCUAUAGUCUUUCUAGGGAGUAAAAUAAAUCUGAAGCCAUAAAUUGUGAACUGGGAGAUUAAACAAUCUUGUUACGCCAAGUGUGUUCUGCACAGAACAAAAGAGUGUCGCUAACAGCGAAACAAUUUGAAUCGGCAAUUUUGAUUAGAAAACGUCAUAUCAAGUGAACCAAAACCGCCAACACCCUUCGUACUAUUUACCAUAACCAUUAUAUUAGGCAUUUCUGCAGGCACUGAGAAUUAGCCGGAAUGCUUGAGGAUGGGGAUACUUAUGCCUCUGAGUUGUUCACUGUAACGCUCGCUGAUGGCGCGGGUGAGUCUGUUCCUUACGUUAAAUUCACAACGUAUUGUAAUAUACUAAAGCCCACCAUAACAAGAUCCUACGAAUGUGCUUUGUCGCUGGCAUCUCUCGGCACCACCAACAAAGGGAGAUGGGGGCUACUUCUUCCAAACCAUCGAUCUUUUGCUUAGUUUAGACGCUAGGUGCAAUGGUGAUAGCGGCGCGAAACAAAAACCUUCUCAGAUUCACGAUGCGACCGGCACCAAGCUUGAAGCUCUUGUUCGCCAGACACAAAGUUGCUUGGCGCAUGAAAACAGAUCGGAGACGGCUAUAAAGAUAUUACUGGCUCCACGGGAAGGGUAUUUGUGUCGAAGCGAUGUCCUCAGCUUGAGAAUGAGAUACUCCGAAUUCGUCGAAACAGUCGUGGGAUUCUCCGCUUGGGACGAACACCUCCUCCCGUCCCCAACUCAUAUCCUUAGUGAGUUGCUGCUCCUCCCGCUACUCCUCUCCUCUCCUGGAGCGGUGAUCGGGAAACGGUCGGGUAUGUCUGCCUAUGAAACUCUGGAGCAGCUACAGAAAGAGAUAGAAAUGCGCCUAUCCUUCGAUUGGGUUCUUCCCACGAAGCCGAUAGCUCGAAAGGUAGCGAUUGUAGGCGGCCGUGCUCUGGGUGACGAGGAAUCGGGUCUAUACAGCUCCCAGUCUUUCUUUGAAGCUGCACAAGCCCUUGGAAUGUCCAUAAUAGUCUUCGAGAACGAGGGCCACUGGUUACAAAGUGACAAAUACGGUUAUCUCCGUGAGGAGUUCGUCCCUCUUGACAUGUACAACUUGGCAGAACUUCCACGGCUCAUGGCAGAUGUCAUUGAAAACAGAGGAGAUAUUGAUGGCAUCGCUACCUUCACUGACCAGUACGUUGAGGCAACGGCCCAAGCGGCUGAGAUCAUGAACCUUCCGACUGAUCCAUCGUGGGCAAUGAUUCAAGCCCACCGUAAGCAUGAAAUGCGCAUGUUAGUCCAUAACAAUAAUAUCCAGGCGAUACAUAUAGACAACACAGAACAGUUAGAGCACCCUGACCGAGCGCAAGAGCUCGAGGCUCUGCGUUUUCCCCUGGUCGUCAAACCUGGCCGGAGUUUAGGGUCCCGGGGAGUACAGAAAGUCACCAACAAAGCCGAUCUCCAUCACGCUGUGCGCGUGGUUCAAGAUAGCGGGCUCGCUGCGCAGGGGAUACUGAUUGAGACAUACGUCGAUGGACCUGAGCUAGACGCAAACUUCGCACUUUGGGAAGGGGAAGUGGCCUUCGUCGAGGUGACGGACAAUUUCCCGUGUCGAGGUGAUGGUGUCGCUGGCGGAUCAAACGAGUUCGGACCCGCGACUAACUUCGCCGAGACAGUUCUAGUGUCAAAUACUGGCCUUCCUGCAGCCGAAGUCGAUGUCAUCCGCAAGUCUCUCCACGAGAGCCUGCUUAAGCUAGGAUUCCGCUCUGGCGUGUUCCAUGUGGAGGCGCGCAUGCAGAAUUCAUCUGUACGUUAUCGUGACGCCAGGGGCGAUGGCAUUCUCGACCUCGUCGCGUGUGAUGACGGAGGUGUCGCUACGGGACAGCAGCCAGACGUGUUCCUCAUCGAAGUAAAUGCACGUACACCGGGGACAGGCGGCACGUGGUCGACCAUUUUUACGUAUGGUGUGGAUCUGGGCGCGCUGUUGCUUCUGCGGGCGGUCAACGAUGCCGAGCGCUUCGCAGCGCUAUCGCAGCCUUUCGCAUACCCACGAUCCCACGGUGGCAGCGGUGGCGGCGCGCAAUUCUGGAGCGCGCACUGCAUGAUCCCUAUUCACCGCGACAACAUUCGUGUGCCACACAGAUUUUUCGACAAAGUGUACCGUGCAGCGCCUGAGAUUAUGUCCAGCGUAAUGCGCGCCGAGAUGUACGCAGAGCCGGGCACUGUAGUCUCACCGACGGGCGGCAUUGGCUGGAUCGGCUACGUGCUGGUUUACUCGCGAGCUAGUAGGAGGCAUGUUUUAGAGAUGUAUAAACGCAUUACAGAGGUUUCUAUUCGGGUAUUGGAGGACGUAACAGAGUUUUCCAGUGAUUAAGGCAUUGAGUUUGUUAAUACUAUUUCCAUAGAUAACG